ACAGGAUUCUGCACUGCAGGCUUCAAAGUGUUGGACUGGUAGGAUCGAGGGCUUCGAUAUUACGGACUCUGAACUGGGGACAGUAGAUCCUUUUGAAGGACAUAGGUUUCUCUCAAACAGCUUCAGAGGAAGAAGACAAGCUCCAUUUAGACACCAGGUUUGGGGUUCAACAUUUUACUUGGAGGGGAGGGCGUGUAGGUUGCCCUCUUAGAACUUCCUUUCCCUCCAUGGCGCUAUCCAGAUCUUUGCCGGACCAAGCCUGGAGCCUGGUACCUCGCGAUCCUAUGGCCCCUACCUCCUCCUCUUCCUCCUCCUCCUCCUCCUCUUCCUCCAACUCCCAGGAUGGGGAGAAUUCUGGGAGUCCAGUAGUCUCAGGGGGGCUCCCCUUGGAAAAAGUUAAGCGGCCCAUGAAUGCGUUCAUGGUGUGGAGCUCUGCUCAACGCCGCCAGAUGGCGCAGCAGAACCCAAAGAUGCACAACUCCGAGAUCUCCAAGCGCCUGGGUGCGCAGUGGAAGCUGCUGGGGGAGGACGAGAAGCGGCCCUUUGUGGAAGAGGCAAAGCGACUCCGGGCCCUGCACCUCCGUGACUACCCUGACUACAAGUACCGGCCUCGGCGCAAGACCAAGAGUUCAAACACUGGGCCGCCCCACCUUGGCCAAGGAAGUGCUGGGGUGGCUGGUGGCAGGCGAAUCUGGGGGUCUGGCUACCCAACAACCCAGGGAAGCAGAGGCUUUGGGUACCAGCCCCCCAACUAUACAACAACCUACCUGCCUAGCGGUUACGGUUCUCGCUGUAAGCCAGAGGCUCCUUCGCUGUGCUCCUUCUCUCCGAGUAACCCCAGGCUCCCGGAGGAGCUGCUUCCCCCUUACAGUACCUACCUGACCCCAACCUCUCCCACUCCUUACAAUUCUCCACUCUCAGGGGCUCCCGUGCCCCUAACCCACCUUUAACCUUCACGGACAUGGACCACGGAGGAAAGAAAGGCUCUCGC